GGUGGCAGAUUGUCUGACCACCCCGCUGCGCGCCGGUAUCUUCGACGCGGUGCUGUCCAUUGCGGUGCUACACCACCUUUCGACCCCUGCGCGUCGAAUACAGGCUCUGCGAGAAGCCGCGCGCCUGCUCAGAGUUGGAGGUCAGCUGUUGGUUUACUGCUGGAGUUACGAGCAGGACGACGAGCGCUCGCGCUCUAGACAUCGCUUUGUGGCCCAGGACGUCCUGGUUCCUUGGAGUUUUCGAACGCCUGGCCUGAAGAAGGGGAAGGCCGCAGCUACACCGGCUGAAGCCACUGGUGCAGUUGCUGCCGAGGAGGGCGAAGGCUUCGAAGGUGUUUCCGGCACCCCUGAGACAUGGGAAGAGCAGCCCCCAGUGUGCCAAAGAUAUUGCCAUGUGUACAGGGAGGGUGAGCUUGAUGAGCUGUUACAGGAGGUGCCGGACCUCGUUGUGCUGGACAGUUACUUCGACACUGGAAACUGGUGUGCCAUUGCCCAGCGAAGAUGAGCGCAAUGAGGUGAAGUGUGAAUCACCCAACCCAAAAAUUGCGCUUGUGAAGCUGCAACAGCAGAGGCCGGGCUGCUGUCGUAAGCCCCAGACAGUGCCUGGACGCUGAGAAAA